UUUAACAACCAGGGUACCCAUUUUACUGUUGGGUAAACAGAGGCUACAGUAAGGCUUGACGCCAACAUUUGAAUUUGUAUGUGUUUGAGUCACAUUUAUACGAAACAUACUAGUUUGGUGUCCGAAAUAGUAAAAAUGUGUGCGGUCCGUAGUCUGUACGAAGCGACUUGCAUCCCUUAGACACAGCUGGCGACGUAAACAAACCAUUUCGGCGGCGGAUCCGUCCUGAUCUGAACGAAUUUUCUGGACUUGUGUGUCCGACAUGGAGGGCGCAUCGCCACUACUUCUGCAGAAGUCCAUCAAAGAUAACUCUGCUGCUCUUCAGGACUUCAUCAAAGACCUGAACGACUGGGAGAAAGAAAUUAAGAACGAAGAUGAGAAGUUAUCCAGCCAGUCCAAGGAGAGAGGCCACCUCAGUCCCGAGGCUGGUCCACCUGUACGAAGUAAAAAGAAACUAGAAAUCUCGUCAGGAAAAGGAGCCACUGAAAACAUUCCUGGUGAUAGCAAACGAAGAAAAAAUGAAAAGAAAAAAAUGAAACCUGGACAGAAAAUAUCAGCUUAUGACUAUGCUGCUUGGGACAAGUUUGAUGUGGACAAAGAACUGGCAUCAUCAUCUGAAGAGGAACAAAAUAUGAAAGGGAAAUCAAGUAAACAUGGUGGUGAAACCAUAAGACCCAAAAGUAGCAACGUGGAGAAAGCUUUAGCAUUGAAAGAAGCAGGCAACAAAUUGUACAAUGAUGGGCGACUGGAUGAUGCUGCAGCCAAGUACACUCGAGGAAUAUCUCUUGAUCCCACCAAUGCUGUGCUUCGAGCCAACAGAGCAAUGGCAUAUAUCAAGUUAAAGAAAUACAAAGCUGCAGAAGAUGAUUGCAAUAUGUGUUUGAAACUUGAUGCUGGAUAUAUAAAAGGCUAUUUACGGCGUGCCACAUCACGUAUUAACCUAGGAAAGACUGAGUUGGCUAUCAAAGACUACCAAAAGGUAUUAGAAUUGGAGCCAUGGAAUAAAGAAGCCAAAAAGGAACUAGACAAAUUAAAGAGUUUUGUGGACAUAAAAGGGGAAAGAACAAAAAAAUCUGACCAUGAAAUAGUAGUUAAAGAAAAUAAUUUUACCCCUGAAAAUUCUUCUCCAGUGGAAGAGUUGAUAAAGCAAGAGACAGAAAAUACUCAUCAUCCAAAUCAAAAUAAUAAAAUACAGGACAAUACUUUGAGUAAUAAUAAACAAGAGAAAGGUGGAACAAAGUUGAAAAUUGUUGAAGUCAAUAGCAGUGAAGACAGUUCGUUUAAUAUAGUGGAUCCAGAUUGUGUUCUCCCUAUAGAAAAGCCUCCGCACCUGAGGUCAUUGAAACCCCUGAAGAAAAUCCCCGUGGUUGAUGUUGCUACAAAAGAAAGUAUUUGUAAACAAAGUGUGUCACCUGUGGCAGAGGAGCCCACCCUCCCAAAAUCACCAGUGUCACCUGUGGCAGAGGAACCCACCCUACCAAAAUCACCAGUGUUACCUGUGGCAGAGAAUACCACUGUUCAGAAAGACCUUAAUGUUGAAGGCACCGUAGAAGAAAGUCUGUGUGAAGCUACUCAACCGUCAAAGUGUGAAGAAAAAAUGCCCAUGAACACGUCUUUGCCAGCUCUACCAAGGACUUCAUAUCAAUUUAUACAAGAGUGGAAUAAAUUGUCCCAUCAGGUCUCCAGAACAGUUGAAUAUUUAAAGAUCAUUCCACCUGCAUUCUUCAGCACUGUGGACAUUGAAUCUGAAACACUGGUUAAUGUGGUCUCAGCUCUGAGGUCUGAGGAAGUAUCACCCACUCUUGCUGCCGAGUAUUUGCUUGCACUCUCUAAGUCAAGGGGCUUUUCAAUCAAUAUUGCAUUCCUUGAUGACAGUCAGAGAAAAGUCAUAUGUGAUGUGAUAUUAAAAUGUGAGGAAGCAGAAGCCUACAGCACUCCAAUAAAGAAUCUGAAGAACUUGAUUGACAAGGAAUUAUAAAUGUUUACAUUGGAUAUCUCGGCCUCAUUGGUAAUUUGAAUUACAGUAUCCUUUGUACUCAUAGUAUACCUUACCAUUAUUUAAUGUCUUAUUACAGACAUAAUAUAGGAUAAAAAAAAACACAUUUAGUUAUGUAUUUUAUGUACAGAGUUGAACUACACCGUCUUUCGCAUUCUCUUGAGUGCAUUAUCAAGGUCCGAGUACAAUAUUUGGUUAGGACGAAACUUACAUCUGAAUGUCGAGAUGUAAGUCUCGUCCUAACCACAUACUCAGACCAUGAUAAUGCACUUGGGAGUGUGUUUAAGACUUGGUGUAGUUCAAAUCUUUACAUAAAAUACAUGUUUUUUUUUUUUUUACCCUACAGUAUCCCUGUACUAAAGUUACAAAUUUGAGGCUUUUAUAAACUUUUCAAUAAAUUUUCUAUCAUU